CACGAGCAACAGCUCCACCGAACAAAACUCGGUGACUUAACUGUAACGAGCAGAAUACCUUUAAAGCAAAAAUUUUAAGACCAGUAAUCGUUCUUUGUGUGAAUACUUAGCAUUAAAGCUCAGAACCCACGAAUCUUUAGCCUUAAAGCAACCUUUCUUCCAAGCAAUUCCGCAAUUCUCUUUUGUCAAUUGGAAAACUCGAACAAAACCCAUGAUGUCUUUCCUCUUGAGGCUGUAUCAGUUGUUGUAGCUCUGUUGGACUUGAGAGAAUGGCGAUCACACAUGCCGACCUUGAACCAAGCCGUCGAAGCACCGAGUUGGGCAGCAAAACUGGCGUCUCUCUUAUGGUCUUGACCAUUCUCUCCGGCCUAUUUUGCUUCAUUCUUUGUCUCAUCGCGGAAGCCACGCGUUCUGAGGUUGCAUGGGUGGGAACAGGUAAUAAAGGAAAUGGAGGAAAUUAUGAAUGUGUAUAUAGUGGCAGUGGGAAAACGCCAUUGUUGUGUGCUGCUUCUGCCUUUGUUGGACUAGCGGUUGCCAUGGUGGUGGAACAUGCCUACAUGUUGAUUGCAGUGACCAAAUCACCACCUUCGGCUCUGGUUGACUGGGACUCUGGCUCUGCCAUUGCCAAGUCUCUAACAUGGCAAGCCGGCUUUUUCUUUGUUUCAACUUGGAUUUGUUUUUCCGUUGGGGAGAUUUUGUUGCUGGUUGGAUUAAGCGUAGAGUCGGGGCAUCUUAAGAAUUGGAACAGGCAAAGGCCAAGUUGCCUCGUUAUCCGAGAAGGUUUGUUCUCCGCCGCAGGGGUGUUUUCAUUGGCUACAGUCUUCUUCGCUGCUGGUUUAUUCUUGACAGCAUUGCGUGCGCAAACAAUAUCUCAAGAGCUUGAAAAUGUGCGGCGGGAAGUGCUUGAGGCGUCCGCACUCUAUGCGUCUCCGCCACAUCGCAUGGCAACCAUUGCAAGGGAGAACCCCAUAACCAGCGAGAAUCAUACGCAGCAACCGUUGUUUGAAUUUCCACUGCAGGCUUUUAGCAAGCACUCCAAUUUAGUGUGAAGCAAGCAAAGGAUAGAUUGUGCUUCUAGCUAAGCUAAAGGCACAAGUCGUAUAACAUAGAGAAGUUCUACAUAUAUAUAUUCAAAAUUACGAAAUUGUAAUUCAUUUAUUUUUGUAAAUUAAUCUACUGUAAAACUUCAAGAAACUUAUUGAGAUGGGAAUAUUUGCCCUUUUUUAAGUGACUUAAAUAUGGUCCUCACCAUUCUCAGCCUUUUGGCUAAGCAGCAUUGGCCAUUGGGGUGAAAACCCAGAGCCGGUUAACCAGAUUUAUAAUAAUUGGCGGUUAUUGGUGGGUACCAAGUUAUCCGGACCGGGUACUGAAAUAUAUAAAAAAUGGUUUCUGUGGUGGUGAAUGA